AUGUCAGACUCUUCUCCCUCAAGUGCAGCAGCAGCAGCAGCAGCAACAACUAGCGACAAGUCAUGGACAUCACCCGUCAGCGCAGAACAGCUCAGGAAAUUCUUAAAUGACGCACCUGCCAUGUACAAGUAUCGGCUACACCGAGGUGCCGAGCGACAAAUUUUGACAAAUUGUUACCGAUUGUUAUGGGGCAACAACCAUGCCCUCAUGCAAAAGUACUUUUUCACUGACGCCACGAACGAUGUCAACGAUAAUUUAUCAAUGUUGCUUGAAAAAUACAAUCUUUUUAAGCGUGACGACGAUAAUACGGUCGCAGUGCCAUCCAACCCGGACAAUGUCCUUGUAGAUCCUUCGACCGAUGAGCCCGAGUAUUGGGAGAGUCAACGCGGCAAGCAGUGUGGCCACUUGUUCAAAAAGGGAGAAAGUGUUUACCGUUGCAGGUCCUGUGGGUUAGAUGACACGUGUGUACUUUGUGCACGAUGUUUCCAUGCGACAAACCAUGACGGACACGACGUGAAAAUAUGGAUCAGCCGAGGCGCCGGUGGCUGCUGCGACUGUGGUGACCCAGAAGCAUGGAAGGUGCCGUUAGAAUGCAGCAUCCAUUCCUUGUCAGCCGCCCCAUCCACGAGCGACACAGCAGCAGCAUCAUCAUCAUCAUCAUCAACCAUGAACAAUGAUGACAACUCCACUACAACCAAGUCCGCAGCGGGAACGCGUACUUUCGAGCCGAUAUCGUCCGUGACACCCGAACUACUACAACAGAUAAAGUCCACGAUCCAAGUAGUAAUGGAUUACAUUCUGGAAACAUUUGCCGUGAGUCCGGAGAAUCUGUCACUCCGCUCCAAACCAGAAAUCCAGCAGGACUGCGAGGCGAGCGACAAGGCAUUGGGAAUGCCCGACAGCGGCAACCGGCCCAUGUACGCGUGCAUCUUGUGGAACGACGAGAAACACUCGUUCGAUGAGGUGAUUGACGUCGUGAUGCGUGCGACCAAUUGCACCAAAAUGGAGGCGAGCAAAGUUGCCGAGAGCGUCGACGCCUAUGGCCGCCAUAUCAUUGAAACAUCGUCCAGACUCGACGACUUGAUACCCAUCGCGACCGAAAUCAACAGAAUCAAAUUGGCCGUGACGAUUCGGUCUUGUAAGGAUACCGUUCGUGAGCAGAUUUCUGGAUUGUUGCUCGAUUGGCUCAAGGAUUUGAUCAGCGGUCGCUACACGUUUUUCGGUAAUGUCCAAGGAGGCAAUUGUAUAUUGCGCGAUAUUAUAUGCGAGGUCCUGUGUGAGGAAUAUUCGCUUCGUCCGGAAUUGGCAGCUUUAUCGACUCGGUCGCGGCGUGGUACAGUGUCAGAUGCAGAUCCCAAUGACUAUGAUUUCGAGUUUGAUGGUACAGAAGAUGAAGGCGAGGAUGAUCAGGAUCAGGAUCUGUUGGAAGGCGCCAUGCUAGUGGAUGAAGGUGACGGCGUCUUUACACAAGUAUUCGAACCGCCAGAUGACGACAUCGAAUGGUUAGAAGCGGAUGAUGUUGAUGACGACGACGACGAAGAGUAUCAUCCUGGUGAUAGCGACGACGACGAUUACGAAGACGACGAGAAUGAUGAUAUUGGACCUCGCGGCUCCCACGGGUUGCAACAGGACGUGGAGAUGCGAAACGCAAGUGAUGACGAAGAUAUUCAUCAACACCAACAAGAACAUCACGAGUCGAGAUCUGACGCUACGUCUCCUCCAACUCAAGGACAGCGUUCACCUCCGCCUUCAGUUGUUACUACCAUUAAUAGUGGACAUGCUUCAGCAACAGCACCACAAACACCGCCUUAUCGACGUCAUUCACCAGGACGGCCGCAGGAUAUCAUUGAUCUCAAAUACGACUUGAAUGAAUGGCUGGUAUACACUGAAAAACUCGAGUCUGAAGAACGUGACAUUGCCACCGUUUUGGGCUCGCCUCUACCUCCUACAAGCAAGCUCUUGGCAGAAACGGAUCAGCAUAUCAAACGCGAGUUCAGUCGCAAGCUUCGCCUCGAUUAUCUCUUGCAGUACGACUUGCGUCUGUGGAAAACGGCCCGUGCUAGUAUCAAGGAUUUACUGAUUGGUACCGUUGUUUCCAACUAUGACUACCGUCCUAAUAUUGGUAUCCGAUUUGCACGCAACUAUCCAGAGCUAUUGGACGCAUUUUUCCUGAAGGAUCGUGAGCCAGAGCAUUCGAUCACAACGCUCUCUGUCCAGUUGCUUACUGUACCAACCGUGGCAGCACUAGUGGUCAAGAGUUACAAGUUCUUUGGGAUUGCUUGCUCGAUCCUAGCAAACUUCUUCAUGACAGAUCACAUCCAUAUGCUCCUACCAGAAGAGUAUCACAACAUGCAAGUGGACUGUUCGUCGCGCGCCAUUAAACGACCCCGGUUUGCAAUGACGUUCUAUGACUUACGCUAUGUUCUGAACACUGAGCUGGUCAAGCCCGAAAUCUGCCACCAACCAUUGUACUUGCGCCAUUUCCUGGACAUGUUAUUCCAGUUCCAGGCGAUGGAUCCACUUGUCCGAAAAGGCAAUGUCCAUGUAGAAUACGAGUCAACCUCGUGGGUCAACGCGUUCAAUGUCACGCUCCAAAUAUCCAAACUUUGUCGCUUAUUUGCCGACUGCUUUGCCUCGCUUUAUACUGAUGCACCAUCCAACAAUAGUGUUGAUGCGACACGAUCACUUGUCCGAUCGAUUCAACGUAUCAUGAAAGCCAUGGCUGAUUGGUCCCCUCGACUGGCAGAUAGAGAUGCAGGAUCAGUGGCAAUUAACGAGCGAGAAGGUCGUGGCUGCUUAAUCAAGGGUGUUAAGAGACAAGAGUACAAAAACUUCAAGACACAUUCAGCUGGUACCUUCCCUAUUGUCAAGUACGAUAUCGCCAAAGAACCGGUCUCUUUCCAUCAUCCUUAUCAUUGGCUUUUGGCGGAACUGUUGUCGCAUGUUCGCUUGCUCAAGGACGAAACAAUGCAUGAAUUGGGCUGGCAGAAUGGAUUCAAGAGCGUGAUUGACAAGUUUAAUGAACAAGAUCCAUCGCAUGAUACCUUUUUGGCAAUUCUCGAAUAUCCACUUCGCAUGCGUGCUCUUUUGGCCCAGGCCAAUUGUGGUGUAUGGGUCCGAAACGGUUUCGGUAUUCGUAACCAGGCACGCACAUAUCGCGAUGUCAGUGUACGAGAAUACACGUAUGAUUGGGACCUAUAUCUGCUCCAAGUCGGUCUCGUGGCGACCCAUCCUGACCAUAUGCUUGCAACCAUGAUUGACCGAUUCGAUGUUACUGAAUGGUUCAACGGCAAGCCCGACAAGUCGCAUAGCUACUACGAUACAUCGCAAAUGACCACGGUCGUAGAAGAGCUUAUUGAUUUCCUGGUGAUUUGUGCCACUGAGCGCGGAUACGCUUCGGAUAUGCCGAUCGAAGACAAGAUCCGCCGCGCCAUCAUUCAAUACUUGGGUCUAUCCAGCAUGGCUUAUUCUGAACUAGUCAAGGUCUUGCCCGACAGCCUGAGCGACCACGAAAUGUUUGACAAACACCUCGGCGAGCUGUCCACGUACAAAGCACCAGCUGGUCUAAACGACCACGGCCGCUACGAACUGAAGGACGAAUACUAUGCUGAAAUCGACCCAUACUUUUGGCACUUUUCACGCAAUCAGCGCGAGGAAGCCUUUGAAAAGCUCCGAAUACGUCGUAACAAGAUUGCUCGUGACAAGAAAAAGAGCGAAGUCGACAAGGAAGAGUUCUUUGUACUACCCAAACUGCGCAAGAUCCACUAUGGUCCGUUCAAGUACUUGGGUAACUUUUUGCAGUGCCAGAUGUUUGUCCAAGUUGUCCUGUAUGCACUGUGGAACUCGCGCACAGCCAAGGCUUCGAGUGAAUUGAUCCUGGACGAUGCGCUGUAUUUGGCCAUGGUCGCUGUGACGGACGAGAACAACGAAGCGUUUGAAAGGCAACAAGCGCUGGCCAAGGGCAAGUUCCGUUCCAACUCGCCUUUGGCAGCUACCGAUAGCUUUAUUCAUCAUGCGACUGAGGACAUGUUUGCCAUUACUGUGGGUAUUGAGCGAGAACAUGUGUCGCUCCUCACAAUCUUACUGCGAUUUAUGGGUGAUAAGGAGUACAAGUACGUCCAUCAGAGGUGCAAGUAUAUUAUCGACAAGAUAGAAGAGCGCGGCUCGAGCGAUGCCAAGGAAAUGAUUGCCGAGUGGCGAACCAUGCACCGGACAGCUCAAGAAGCCACCGAGGCAGAAGAAAAGGAUGACGCUGCUGCAGAAUAUGAAAAGAAAAAGGCAGAGGCCAAGGCUCGCCAGGCGAAUAUUAUGGCCCAGUUUGCUCAAGCACAAUCCCAAUUCAUGUCUCAACAUGCAGACAUGUAUGACGACGAGGAAGAAGAUAUCAUGAGCGAAGGCGGUGCUGAUAUGGAUCAAGAAGCAGCCAUCACCGACGGUGAUGUUGAACGCACCUGUCAUUUCCCUGCAGGAACCUGCAUCGUCUGCCAAGAAGAGCUCGAUCGGUCGCGGUUGUAUGGCGUGCUUGGCCUGGUCCAGAAAUCAAAAACUGUGCGUCAGACACCGCUCCAAAAUACCGAUAUCGUGUUUGACCUGCUCGAAACAGCACAAGGCCGUGAUACGUGGAAAGAACAUAUGGAAGCGGCCACUCAGGAUACCAAUAAGCGCCCGUCAAUGCAUGGAUUCCCCACAGACGCUCACGUUGAAGGCUUGCAUAUCUCAACCUGUGGCCAUUUGAUGCACGCUCACUGUUUUAACGGAUACCAAGAGUCCGUCGAAAGCGAAACGAGCAACCCGUUGCGCGCAUUGAUGCCCCAGCUCAGACACAAGCAGUUCCUUUGCCCGCUUUGCAAAGCACUUGGCAACGUCUUGCUGCCAAUCGUAUGGAAGGGCAAGAAGGAAUCGUAUCCAGGACCCAUGGUCACCAAGACACCUUACGAAGAUCUGGGCGGUUUCGCCAAAAAUAUCAUGACGCAGCUAGAAGGCGAGAUUGGACCUGCCGACCGCAUUCCUGGUAGCAUGGACGAAGAUGCUGACCCACGUGCGGAACCGGGUGUCGAGAUUGAAGACGUGGACGCACUGCGACGACUUUAUAACCAACUGCGCACAGCCAUGAAAGGAGGCAACAGCAGCCUGAUCAUCCAGGAUGGCAGCAUAUCACCAGGAGAACUGCGUGCAUCAUUGCUCGAGCUGUACAACAUGUACGCCUAUGCGAUUUCAUCGAUUGAAAUAGCACAGCGUGGUGACCAUGGCGUGCGAGCACGGGAUUUGAGCGUUGAACAUACAGGAACGUUCUUGGACGAUAUUUCUUUCCAAAACCAGACGUUGCUGAAAAUCCUGGCCAAGACAGGCGAGCUCAUGCCCAGUGUCAUGAACACGCGGUGGGUGACGGACGAUCGAUACACGCUGCAGCGUAUCAGCUUGGGUGUGCUGCGCCAAAUCUUUUACGAAGAGACCUUGGAAGCUGAUGAUUUGGCAAGCAGCGAGAUCAUGCGCAAGCCAUUGCUCGUAGCUGAUGCGUUCGAAACUUUAACGACCCUUGGGUUUAUCAUCAAAUCACGCCAUAGUGAAGCCGACAUCCAUCACUUUAUGCGUCUACUCUAUGUAGCCGAAGUGGCAAAGACCGUGAUUGGGUUAUUACAAGGCUUCAAGACUGAAACGCUCGCAGAUAGCAAGGUGUCGCAAUCGUAUCAACGCUUAUCCUCACACGCGUCGCAAUCUCGAUCCUCGGAAGAAGCAGAGGCAGCCAAACGGUUCGCAUGUGAUAUUGCCGGCCUUGUGGGCAUUUCAGAAACCACCCUCCAAGACUUUUUCGCAGCAGUGCCUGCCCCUGUAUUUGCUUCGUUGAUCCGAACGUUCACGUUACCGUAUCUGCGGAAAUCAUUGCUAUUGAUGAUCGUGCACCACGGAUUUAUUUUACAACCCAUCAACUGGGAAGAGGAAGAUCUGGACGAUGAUGCCAUGGACGACGAAUAUGAAUAUCUGACUCGUAUUCUUCGACUGCCAGCGCUAGCCCAAAUGUUCAAGUUGGGGCCUUUUGAACAAGGCAUGUUGAUGGGCUGGUGUAAACACUAUUACAAUGAACAACAAGAAUUGGUUCCCGAGGGUAGUGCUACUAGUCCUACCACUACUAUCGUCGCACCUACUAUUGCUGGUACCGGUAGUGGAGCAAGCACUGCCACGAGUGGUAGUCCUACCACGACAGCAAUGACAGGAACACUUGUCAGACAACCCAAGCUUGCGCUUCGAUUGCCUACGCCAUACUAUCUGGUGUCGCUGCCUUACCGGAUGGACCAAUUGUUUGAAGAAAGCUCAAGACGCGUAUGCCGCAAGUGCGGCAAUCUGCCAGAAAACCCUGCAUUGUGUCUAAUUUGUGGCACGUUUGUCUGUGCACGUCGAUACUGUUGUACCGAAAACCACCGUGGCGAAUGCAACACUCAUAUGCGCACCUGCAGUGGCGACGUAGGCAUUUUUUUGGUGAUCAAGGAGUCGCUAGUGCUGUUGCUCCAUGCUGACGGUGGAAGUAUCAUGAACGCGCCUUACCUGGACACUCACGGUGAAGUGGAUCUGUUCUUGAGACGAGGUACACCACAAUAUCUCAACUCACAGCGCUUCGAACAGAUCCGACAAAUGUGGCUCUCUCAUGUUGUACCGGCCUUUGUUCGACGAAAGAUGGAGUCGUCAUACUCUUACACGCGUUGGGAGUCCUGGUGA